AAAAGAUUUAUUUAGGGUUUAUAGUGACUGGCUAUGGCGGGGGAGAGCAAUGCGGCCCUGGCCAGCGGAUGCCCGUGCUCGUUUCUAGGCGCUCGGAGCCGGAUUUCCUCUCAGCGGCAUUGCGCGCCUGGAUUUCAGACCAUCGGAAAAGGAAGAAAAAUCUCCAGACUCUACUCCGUUAGAAUGUGCCAGCAAAGUUCUCCCGGAUCGAAGGAUGUUUUCCACUCGGUCCCAGAGUACGUGUUCCCGCAGAACCUCGAUCUACCGCCGGUUCUCCCGACCAACAAGAAGAGACCAUACGUGAGGCCGAUCAAGCUCGUCCUCCGGGAGAGCCGACGAAGGAAGAAGCUGGGGCUGAUACCACACUUUUGGGACGCUCCACGCAACGGGAUGCUCGUGGAGCGCCUCAUUCCCGUGGCGUACGAGGUGAUGAAGCAGCUCGGAAUCCUGGAAGAAGGGGUGAAGAAACUCAUGGAAGUUGUUCCGGUGCAAGCUUGCAGUUGCUGCAAAGACAUCCAUGUUGGAGCGUCCGGCCACCUGAUAAGAACUUGCAAAGGCUCCGGCUGUGCUUCACGGCGAGGCGCUCACGCGUGGAUAAAAGCCUAUCCCCCGGACGUGCUCGUUCCAACAGAGUGCUACCACAUCCUGGAUAGGCUGGCGUCUCCGAUCAUCCACGAGCAAAGGUUCUCGGUUCCCAGGCUGUGUGCCAUCACCGAGCUCUGCAUCCAAGCUGGCUACGAGCAUCCGGACUAUCCGGUGGUGAGAUGGGCCAGGAUAUCCGGCAGGCAGGUCGGCAGCGGCCGAGCUCAAGUUGCCGAGUCCCGGCUGCUCAAGCCGUAUACGGGAUUUCCUGGCGAUUCCGGGCACACUGCGGGCAGGAAAGACUCGACCAAGGAAGGGAGAUUUGUCCGCAAGAUGCUAAGGCCAGGGACUGACAACACCAUCUUUGGGGAGCCGAACGAAGCCGAGGAUGGGGACGAAGAGCUGGAAACCACUAACAGGGAAGAAGACGAAGAAGAAGAAGAAGAAGAAGAAGAAGACCAAGUUGGCGGAAUCGAAGAAGAGGCCCAAGGUAGUGAAGAGAGCUUCCUGGAGGGAAGAGUUUUUGAUCCGGCAAGAGACGAGAUAGUGGCGACGGCCGAGAGAACUAUCGAGGCGUUCCACACGGUGAGGAAGGGGGUCCAGCUGAUGAUGAAGAAGUACGUUGUCAAGGCGUGCGGUUACUGUCCCGAGAUCCACGUCGGGCCUCGCGGCCACCGGGUGAAGAUUUGCGGAGCUUUCAAGCACCAGCAGCGGGAUGGCAAGCACGGGUGGCAAGAGGCCGCGCUGAGCGAUAUCUUUCCUCCGAAUUUCGUGUGGCACGUCCCGAGCGGCCAUAGCCCGGCUCUGCGGCCGGAGCUGCGGCGGUACUAUGGACAGGCACCCGCAGUGGUGGAGCUGUGUGUGCAAGCAGGUGCUCGGGUGCCCGUGAAGUGGAAGCCUUUUAUGAGGAGCGAUGUUGUCAUACCGGAUGUAGAAGAGAAGAGUGUUGUAUGCUGACGAAAAGAGAGUCCCAAAUUUUUCAAAAAGUUUGUAAAAGCAUUCUAGCUGAAAGUAUCCAACAUAAGAGUAAAAAGUA